AGUUGUUUCAUGGAAUAGCGGAGAGGAACCUCAGAAAAGCAGAAAGAGAAGUGGAAGCGCAGCAACAGCGAAAGCAUCAUCUUCUACAACUGAGAAUACACGCGGUUUCAUGGCUCCUCCCAAGCCUCACAAAAUUCUAAUGGUGGCUGAGAAGCCCAGCAUCGCUCUUUCUAUCGCUUCCGCUCUCUCUGGUGGUCAUAUGUCUACCAGGCGGGGUGGUAGUAGUACAGAAGUCCAUGAAUUUAAUGGAACCUUUCGUGGAUCUAAUGCACAAUAUAAGGUGACAUCAGUUAUCGGGCAUGUUUUCAGUGUAGAUUUUCCUGCAAAAUAUCAAGACUGGACGGUUACAGAUCCUCUGGAUCUUUUCCAAGCUCCAAUUCUUAAGGCAGAAUCAAACCCAAAGGCUCAUAUAUGUAGGCAUUUGAGUCAAGAAGCUCGUGAUUGUGGUCAAUUGGUUCUAUGGUUGGAUUGUGAUCGUGAAGGAGAAAAUAUAUGUUUUGAAGUUGUUGAGUGCACUGGUUUUCAUGGAAAUGAGGCUAGAAGAAGAGUAUAUCGUGCACGGUUUUCUUCUGUUACCGAGAAAGACAUUUUGAAGGCCAUGGACAACCUUGUUGAGCCAAAUGAGGAUGAGGCUAGGGCUGUAGAUGCUCGGCAAGAGAUAGAUUUAAAAGUUGGAGUAGCAUUUACACGAUUUCAAACUAGUUAUUUCCAAGGAAAAUAUGGCAAUCUUGACUCCAGAGUUAUCUCAUAUGGUCCUUGUCAAACUCCUACUCUUGGCUUCUGUGUACAGCGCUACUUGCAAAUUAAUACUUUUAAGCCAGAGAAGUUUUGGGCCUUGCAUCCUUAUAUCACACACAAUGGCUAUGAACUUCAGUUGGAAUGGGAACGUAACAAGCUGUUUGACUUAGAUGUUGCUGUGAUGUUUCAAAAGUUGGUAAUGGAGGAUGGAAUUGUAGAAGUUACUGACAUAUCAGAAAAACAGGAAAGCAAAAGUCGACCUUCUGGUCUCAAUACGGUUAAUCUUCUGAAGGUUGCUUCAAGUGCAUUAGGCUUUGGACCUCAAAUGGCUAUGCAAUUAGCUGAACGCUUAUAUACUCAAGGUUUCAUCAGCUAUCCACGCACGGAGAGUACAGCUUAUCCCUCUUCAUUUGACUUUAAAAGCACACUUGGCAUGCAAACAAAUAAUCCAACAUGGGGUGAUUAUGUACAGAAACUACUGGAUGAUGGUUUUCAUAGGCCACGAUCAGGAACCGAUGUUGGUGACCACCCUCCCAUAACUCCAAUGCGGGCAGCAAAUGAGGAUAUGUUAGGCAAUGAUGCUUGGAAAUUAUACCAGUACGUCUGUCAACAUUUUAUAGGCACUGUAUCCCCUGACUGCAAGUAUGUAAGGAAUAAGGUAGAAUUUUCAAUUGGUGGCGAAAUCUUUCGCUGUAUAGGGCAGCAUGUUAUAGUCAAAGGCUUUACAUCUAUUAUGCCAUGGCUGGCAGUAAAUGAAAAAAAUCUUCCUCAGUUUAAAAAGGGAGAAAAAAUAGAAGUUUCAAAAGUUGAGCUCUAUGAGGGGGAAACCAGUCCUCCAGAUUAUCUUAGUGAAAGUGAGCUGAUAUCCCUAAUGGAGAAGAACGGGAUAGGCACAGAUGCAUCCAUUCCUGUGCAUAUUAACAACAUAUGUGAGCGCAACUUUGUGCAGGUGCAAGCUGGAAGGAAGUUGGUUCCAACUGCUUUGGGGAUCAGCCUAAUAAGAGGCUAUCAGUGCAUUGAUCCAGAUCUUUGUUUGCCAGACAUUCGAAGUUUCAUUGAGCAGCAGAUUACUCUUGUUGCCAAGGGUCAAGUGGAUCACUCUCGUGUGGUGGAGCAUGUACUACAACAAUUCAAGCAGAAGUUCAUUUAUUUUGUGAAGCAGAUUGAAAACAUGGAUGCAUUAUUCGAAGCACAAUUUUCCCCACUGGCUGAUUCAGGUCGUGCACUUAGUAAAUGUGGCAAAUGCCUGCGGUAUAUGAAGUACAUUUCUACCCAACCAUCACGUAUGUAUUGUGGCACAUGUGAGGAGGUCUAUUAUCUUCCUCAAAAGGGCACAAUCAAGCUGUACAAGGAACUCACAUGCCCUUUAGACAACUUUGAGCUGUUAAUCUUCUCCUUGGCUGGCCCAGAGGGCAAGUCAUUCCCUCUCUGUCCAUACUGCUACAACAGUCCUCCAUUUGAAGGUAUAGACACACUCUUUGGCGCCACCAAGACCAGUAGUACUGGAAAGCUGGGGAAGGGAGCUGGAAUGCCUUGCUUCCUUUGCCCACACCCCACAUGCCCACAUUCUCUGAUAGCCCAAGGAGUCUGUGCCUGCCCAGAAUGCAGUGGAACACUUGUUCUAGAUCCAGUAAGUGCUCCCAAAUGGAGGCUUUACUGCAAUAUGUGCAAUUGCCUUGUCUACCUCCCUCAAGGCGCUCACAAAAUUUCCACAACUCGGGACCGGUGUCCAGAAUGUGAGUCUACAAUAUUGGAAGUGGAUUUCAAUAAGAAAACAACACCUUUGCUGGAUGGAUCUACUUUGUAUACUGGUUGUAUACUAUGCGAUGAGUUGCUUCAUUCACUUGUGGAGAUGAAGCAUGGCAAGUCAUUCUUCAAACGCAUGGGUUCGAGGGGGAGAGGAAGAGGAUCAGGUAGAGGGGGAUUUAGAGGAAGAGGACGAGGUGGGAAAUGGGAUGACCCCAAAAUGAGCUUCAGAGACUUCUGAGAACUUUAGUGCUUAAAACAUCAUACUGUUUCGACAUUAAAUCUGCCAAAACUUCUUGGGUUUAUUGAGGAAGUGUUGUUUUCCAUAUGUAAUGGCUUGAAAUCUUGAAUGAUCGGUUGAUAAAAAUGAACUCAUUUGCAGAACCUGUGUCACAUUAUAUUCUGCUAGUGAUUUAUUAAUUUUAAAACAUGCUUUUACAACUUCUUAUUGGUA